UCUGCGAUCAUACACACUCCUACUGAGUCACGAGAAGCUCCUGCAGUCUAUCAACCAAAGAGCGCGCGAAGCUAGAGGCAGCGAAGAGGAUGCGUGCGUCUUCGGUGGACUUGAUUGCUUGCUUGGGAAUGUUUUUAACGAGGUUGGAUUUCCUACUCUUGAACAAAUAAUUGUUUCCCAAGAUCACACCUACUGAAUUGAAUGGUUAUGAGUCCCGAGAAUGUUCAGGGAAUUGUUGGAAAUUCUGGAAAAUGAUUUUUUUUGCAUGUUUGAUCGCGACCAGAGAGGAAGAUAGUAUCAGCUUGCUCUAAUUAUAACGCUGUUGCUUUAGGUUACAUAUUCCGUAUAGGCAGGCUACUUCUGUCAACUGGAAUACCCAAAGGAACAAGGUGGAAUAGUUUUUCUUCGUCCUAUUUCUGUUCUGCAACCCACAGAAGCCCUGCUGUAGUAGGCCUAUGUGUUUCAAGCAAUGAAACAGAAGUGUAUAAUUAUUUGACAGUCAAAUGUCAUAGUCAAAACGUACUGGACUGAGACGAUUCCGCUGGACAUUUUCUUUACUGCCAAGAACGUUGGAAUUAGUCUACCUGCCCUCAGGUCAAUUAAUACGAUUUGGUGAGUGAGAUUGCCUAGCAGUAGCAGCGAUGUCUCGACUGUACUACAGGAGGACAGACAACUCCUCCUACAGGGACCGGAUCCCUCUGAGGAUUGUCAGGGCCGAGUCUGAACUGUCUGUCCUGGAGAAGAACUACCUGGGAGCAGUAGAGAAAGGAGACUAUGCCUCAGUCAAACAGGCUCUAGAGGAGGCAGAGAUCUACUUCCGGAUCAACAUUAACUGUAUAGACCCGUUGGGCCGCACAGCUCUGCUGAUCGCUAUUGAGAAUGAGAACCUGGAGAUUAUAGAGCUGCUGCUCAGCUAUAACGUGUACGUCGGUGACGCUCUGCUACACGCCAUCCGUAAAGAGGUGGUGGGGGCCGUGGAAAUGCUGCUCAACCACAAGAAGCCCAGCGGGGAGAAACAGGUUCCUCCCAUCCUAUUGGACAAGCAGUUCUCUAACUUUACUCCUGACAUCACACCCAUCAUCCUGGCAGCUCACACCAACAACUAUGAGAUCAUCAAACUGCUGGUGCAGAAGGGGGUGUCCAUGCCCCAGCCACAUGAGGUGCGCUGUAACUGCAUGGAGUGCGUGUCCAGCUCUGAUGUGGAUAGUCUUCGUCACUCCCGCUCACGUCUCAACAUCUACAAGGCCCUGGCCAGCCCAUCACUCCUGGCCCUCUCCAGUGAAGACCCUUUCCUCACAGCCUUCCAGCUCUCCUGGGAACUACAGGAACUCAGCAAGGUAGAGAAUGAGUUUAAGUCGGAGUAUGAGGAGUUAUCUCAGCAGUGUAAACAGUUUGCCAAGGACCUGUUGGACCAAACCAGAAGUUCCAGAGAACUAGAGCUGAUCCUGAACUACAGAGAUGACAUCAACCCUUUACUGGAUGAGAACACCAACGAUCUGGCCAGACUCAAACUGGCAAUCAAAUACACACAGAAAGAGUUUGUAGCCCAGCCUAACUGUCAGCAGCUGCUUGCGUCUCGUUGGUACGAUGAGUUCCCUGGGUGGAGGCGUCGUCACUGGGCAGGGAAGUUCCUAACCUGUGUCUUCAUCGGCCUCCUCUUCCCCCUCUUAUCCCUCUGCUACCUGGUCUCUCCUAAGAGCCGCUAUGGACACUUCAUCAGGAAGCCCUUCAUCAAGUUUAUCUGCCACACAACGUCGUAUCUCACCUUCUUGUUCCUCCUGCUGCUGGCCUCCCAGCACAUCGUCUCUACAGACCCUAACAGACAGGGGCCGCCUCCUACUGUGGUGGAAUGGAUGAUACUACCCUGGGUACUGGGCUUCAUCUGGACAGAGAUUAAACAGAUGUGGGAUGGAGGGUUCCAGGACUACAUCCAUGACUGGUGGAACCUCAUGGACUUUGUUAUGAACUCUCUGUACCUGGCUACCAUCUCUUUGAAGUUCGUUGCCUAUGUCAAGUACAGUGGCUUCAGGGCCAGGAACGAAUGGCAGAUGUGGCAUCCUACCCUUGUAGCAGAGGCUGUGUUCGCCAUCGCUAACAUCUUCAGCUCCAUCCGCCUCAUCUCUCUGUUUACUGCUAACUCACACCUGGGACCUCUACAGAUCUCUCUGGGCAGGAUGCUGCUGGACAUCCUUAAGUUCCUGUUUAUCUACUGCCUGGUGCUCCUGGCCUUCGCUAACGGGCUCAACCAGCUCUACUUCUACUACGAGACAGACGAGGGACUGAAGGGAUGCAAGGGCAUCCGCUGCGCAACACAGAACAACGCUUUCUCAACGUUGUUUGAGACGCUCCAGUCGUUGUUCUGGUCUAUCUUUGGGUUGAUCAGUCUGUAUGUGACCAACGUGGAGGCAGACCACCAGUUCACAGAGUUUGUAGGGGCCACCAUGUUUGGAACCUAUAAUGUCAUCUCUCUGGUGGUUCUACUCAACAUGCUGAUCGCCAUGAUGAACAACUCCUACCAACACAUCGCUGAUCAUGCAGACAUUGAGUGGAAGUUUGCAAGAACCAAGUUGUGGAUGAGUUACUUUGAAGAGGGGGGGACUCUGCCUUCUCCAUUCAACAUCAUCCCUAGCCCCAAGUCAAUCUGGUACUUCAUCUGCUGGAUCAGGAAACACAUCUUCAAGAUCACCAGGGCCAAGAAAACAGAAACAUUUGGAACCAUAGGGAGACGGGCUGCCUUAAACGUAAGAACAAACCACCAGUAUCAGGAGGUUUUGAGGAACCUGGUGAAGAGAUAUGUAGCAGCCAUGAUCAGAGAUGCCAAGACAGAGGAAGGACUGACUGAGGAGAACUUUAAGGAGCUGAAGCAGGACAUCUCCAGCUUUAGGUAUGAGGUCCUGGGGAUGAUGAAGGGGAAGGUGGGGCCCGGGGGUGGGGGCGUGGCUCUAGCAGAAAGUAAACCCAGUGAAAAGGCAGGGGCCUCCAUUCUGGUCUACCCUGACCACUCCUUCAAGUACUCCCCCAAGUUCUCCCCAGCCAUGCCUAAGACCAACAUGUUUCCCGACACCACAUCCAUACUCCAGCAGAGGGCAGCCCUCUCCUCCACCUCCUCCACAUCCCCUUCCACCUCUCAGGGCUUGAACCGACUGGUCAACGGCUCUGUGGUACCCUCUUGGGCCUCCACUGACACCUCCUCCAACCCCACCUCCUCCACUCCCAUCUCCUCUUCAUCCUCCACUCCCAUCCAUUCCUCCACCAAAGACAGGCUGGCCAGGAAAGACUUUCCCAAAGACAUCUGUGACUUUGGGCUCUACUCUGUGUCUGAGGAGAUGGGAGAAGUUGACCUGGAGGAGCUGGACUGUGAUGGAGAGAAGGAGGAGCAGGGUGGAGCGAGGGAGAGGACGUGUACAGAGAAGGAAGAGAACGAAGGGAGGGGAGAGUGAAGAGAGAAGGAGGAGCAGGGUGGAGCGAGGGAGAGGACGUGUACAGAGAAGGAAGAGAACGAAGGGAGGGGAGAGUGAAGAGAGAAGGAGGAGCAGGGUGGAGCGAGGGAGAGGACGUGUACAGAGAAGGGAGAAAACGAAGAGAGGGGAGAGUGAAGAGAGAGAGAGUCCACGUUAAAACAGACUGUUGAGGAUGAGACGUAGAAGGACUUAUUUGAAUGUAUCGUUAUGAUGCGUCUUCAUGGAGGCCUGUGUAGUAGCUCGCCUUGCUUCUCCAGAACCAAUUCAACUCUCAGACUAAUAUAUUCUGGUCUAUAAGACAGAAUGUAUAAGCUGGAAAACAGGAGACAAGAAGUCUGUUUCUUGGUCUGUGUCCCAAAUAGCACCCUAUUCUCUAUAUAGAGCACUGCAUUUGACCAGGGGACAAAAGGGCUCUGGCCAAAAGUUGCGCACUGUGUAGGGAAUAGGAUGUCAUGUGGAACAAGCAGAUAAGACGUCAUUCUCCGACCAGGAUUUCUGGAAAACCUGGGAAUUUGGGGAAAGUUACUGGAGUUUUGCCAACCUAUACUGUACGUGAUAGAACUAUCAGUAUUUUAUUAACAGACCCUGUCUCUGCUGCUUCUCCCAGUCAGCCCCCUGCUAUUUGCAAAACAAUCCUUUGCCAUAAUGUAUAAUGGAAAACGCUAAUAAAUCUUGCAGGUAGAUCUAUACAAUGUCACACAUUGGCAAAUUAUUCAAAACUAGUUGGAUGAUGCUGUCUAGUCUAUUAUCUCGGGUGUUUCCCAAAAGGCACCUUAUUCCCUAUAUAGUGCACCACUUUUGACCAGAGCCCUAUGGGGCAACACCUGGAGAAGUAUGCAGGUGUUCGCAGGGCUACUCCUGAAGCUCGCAGGGCUACUCCUGAUGCUUGCAGCGCGACUCCUGCCCCCCUCCAACCAAGCCUUCACAUGCCCUGUCUGCCACUGCAGCUGGAAAUCCAGGAUUGGGCUCCACUACCACCAGAAGACCAGAAGUAGGGCCUACAGAAGAUUGGUUUUCUAUGCAAGCGAGUAAGACCUUUAGAAGCAACGUUUUCUUUCAAGUGAAAUCCCACAAGAGAUGCUAUACUGUACAUGUAGGGGAGAGUGGGAUAAGUUGAGCCCCCCUUGUUUCUAGGGAACCAUACACAAAAUUAAUAAUUGGACCAAAUGUUUAGGAAGAGGUAAUUUUAUGGAUUCUGUGAAGGAAGAUACAUGGGAAAAUUAGUGAGCAAAAAUGGAAUUUCACCAAAUAAAUGUAUUGUAGUAGAGGUUUCAUGAUGCUUGUAUCUAAACAAAAGUAGAUCAUUUAAAGAUUGUUCUAUACAUCAGUUGAGGUUAUAGGCUGCAAUAUGAAGUCCUAAACCUAGCAUGAAAGUACAUCCUAGUAGCUGUGUUGGCUAAUAUGUCAAAAAUUUUGCCUUGGUGUAGGUUGAGCCAAUGGCCUUGAUGUAGGUUGAGCCAAUGGCCAUGGGGUAAGUUGAGCCAAUGGCCAUGGGGUAAGUUGAGCCAAUGGCAAGUUGAGCAAAUUGAAAUGUUUUCUUCCCAGGCCUAUUGCAAGGCCUUAUCUCUGGGAUAGGAGGUAACAACAGGGACUGGCCUAUCUUAAUAGUGCUUUAAAAUGUACAUUGUUUUUUAGGUGUUAAGCCUGUGUUAAAAGAUGCUUAAACUUAUUUAAAGACAAAAAAGUGAUUUUAAUUGUGUUAAAGAUAGACAUGGUUUUAAAAAGUUAGUGGUAAUAUUUCAUUCAGUACAGAAAUGUGAAGGCGGCUUAACUUACCCUGUCCCAUGGUUCAACUUACCCCAUAUUCUGAGUAAGUUGUGCCAAGAGACUACUUUUUUUGGACAAGUUGGACAAGCUAGUUUUUAAAACUGUAAUGUUUACUGGAAUUCUGAUUAUUUCCAGGGAUACACAACAUCCUGAAAUAUAUGUAGAUAUCUUUGUUAGAAAGAAUACUAUAUUUCCCUUGAUGGAGUGAUGCUGAAUGUAAAAAAUGGCUCAACUUACCCCACUCUCCUCUACAACUGAAAGUUGACAUGGCUUAGCUUGUGAAAUCCAAUUCCUUAGGAAUUCCCCACGUUCUUACCAUAUGAUGCUAUACUCAGUACUGACAUUAACACUGCACACUAACUCAGCUCCCAGCAUCCCAUUGUUAACCUUAAAGGGGAAAUCUGAGAUUGGUACAUCCAUUUGUGCAUAUUUUUGGUGGCUUUUUAUUGCUCUGUUUAUGAAUUUAAGCAUUUAUUUCUUUAGGCCCAUCCCUCAGCUUUUUAUUACAACAAGUGGCAGGGUUACCACUGUUGUUUUUGGAAUCCCAGAUUUGCCCUUUAAAUUAAUAUACUUGGACUCUCAGCAUCCCAUUGUUAACCUUAAUGACAUAAUAUUGAAUGGUAUUCUGUUAUUCUCAUAUGCGAGUUGGUUAGAUAUGUAUAAUUUCUGAGGGAGUGCUAAUUUUUAUUGUAUUUUAUUUCUGGCAUUCAUUCAAGCUCCAGAGGGCUAUACAACAUGAAUCAAUAAACAUAAUAUGUUUUUAACAUAAA